CCUUCAAACACUCAAGGAGGUGAAAUGUCAAAACUCCACAUGGAGUGGGAUCCAAUUGGCAGUGGUACGUCUCCAGAUGGGAGUAAAAGUGCUAAAGUAUUUGCCUUCAAAAUGUACUUAAGGAUCCAAAAUACUAUAAUUUAUUAUGGCUAUAAUGUUCCUAUUAUCAUUUUUGUCACAAGAAUCAUUGCUUAAAGACUCUGUGACUCUCAGCACACUGAUCUAAUAAUAGAAUGAUAUUAAUGAGUCAAACACUGAUUGAUUUCUAUUCAAACACUUAUUAGAAACACUCAUUGAUAAAACUUAAGCAACUUUUUAAAGCACAAAAAAAACUAUUUAAUAACACUAAUGUGAGUAAAUGCAAUUUGUUACUUUCCAUCUCUGCACCUAAACCACCACUGCCCUGGUGCUAGUUUUAUCCUUCAUUUCCAUUUAAUUAUGGUUAAUACAACCCUAAUAAAACAACAAAUAUAAAUUAUAUGGAUUUAUUUGGUGGAACAGAUCAGGAAAUGUAUUCAAGUCUUGUAUUUUUGAUGUUCACUGUGAUGCAGGGAGACAGUGUUCUCCACACCGCUAGGUGUCGCCCUUGUUGCGGUGAACAAACAGCUGACUGGAGAACUGCAAACCCCCAUACAGACACGCCCCUCCCCCCCGCUAAAAAUCGCGCGCAGUUUUGCGGUUGUAGCGAAUUUUUUGUUGUCGUAGUAGUAAAACGUCUUUGACUUGUUUUGCAGACGAGAUCCGAUCAGAUCCGAUCGCUGCGGCCAUGUUUAGGAAACGCCCGGCCCUGUCAUCGCGCAUCGACCUCCGCAAGACGCGCGUGAGCGCGCUCGAGCGGAUGCUCGACGACAGCGACGAGGGGUCGUUCGGCGGCACGACGAGCAGCGACGGCUCCACGAGCGAGUACCGCGAGUCGGACGACGUGAGCUCGAGCGCCUCAGACGGCGACUCCGGGUCCCCCCGCGGCGGCGACGAGGAAGAGGAGGAAAAGUGCGCAGUGUCGCGCAGGGGGCGUCGACGCAAGAGGUCGGCCGGCGCGAGCGUCCUGGAUGACAGCGGCACGAGCCAGUCUUCUUCAGACAGCGACGUGGGAGCCGAGCCUGUCCGGAAGGCGUCGGGGAAGAAACGACUGAAGCUUUCCGACUCCGAGGGUGAAACUGGGAAGGAGAAGGAAGGAGAAGCGGAGGCCAGAGAAGCUGCAGCCAAAAGGAAAUCGAGAAAACUGAAACUGAUGGAGCUGCUGAAAAAGAGAAAGUCGGGGACACCUGUGCGCAGGCGCAGAACCUUGAGUUCAGAGGAGGUUGGACACGCCAAAGAUGAGCCUGAAAACAAAGAAGAAGUGAAAGAGACUUCAGAUUCUGGAGAGUCCAGCGAAAAGGAUGCGCUUCGCUUAAUAGACAGUAGUGAGGAAGAAAAAGAGGCCGACAGUGACAGCAUGAAGGACUUCAUUGUAGAGGACGAAGAGCAGAAAGGGGGAGAAAAGGAGGAGGAAGAGGGUGAAACGGAGGACAAGAGCUUCCGGUCACACCUUCCACGCCAAUUUAUCACCGGAUCUCAGUUAACCCACUUUCAGCUGGUGGUCAAAGCCUUGUUGAUCAAUGCCCUGGAUGCAUCCUUCCUCAAGUCGCUUUACAACGGCGAGCGGACGAAACGCUAUGCCGAAGAGAUGAAAACGUCACUGCUGCACUUCGAUGAACGCCUGGUGCUCCCAAGGCUGGAAAAUCUGAAGCAAAGGAGCCGCUGGAAAGACCGCUACAAAGAGCGGGUCGAGUGUUACCCCAAAGUGCGAGUUAGUAUGGUGAACACCCGCACUAAGGGCUGUGAAGCGUGCGAACUCCACCGCAGUGGCCGCUUCUGUGUGCGUCUGUCCGGCCAGCUGUAUCACAACCAAACGCUGCAAGAGGACCAGUUCAUGCCUGACGACUCGCAGAUGUUCUUCGUCGGUUCAGUCUGCGCCAGCCGUACCGAGGUGUACCAUGCGCUCAAGCACUUUAAAUACCACCUGUUCGAGCGCUGCCGCACUGCUCUGAAGGACCAGAAAGAGUCAGCGCCACAGACACAGAAGGGAGAAGAAGAUGAGCCGGUGAAGGACACGGUGAAUCGAGUGUUUGCCAAGUUGACAGAGGAAGGUUGGAUUACUGAGCAAUUUGAUGAAUUUCAGGAACGCCUUAAUGCAGCAGACUUCUUCCAAGAGGAGAAGCUGGACUGAGAAGUGGACUUUUUUUUUUUUUUUUUAAACAAAACAUUUCUGUAAAUAGUUGGUGGCAUUUAAAAGCCAAGACUUAACAACAUAAAUGUGUAAAAUAUUUUAUAAUCAGGUCUAAUUAUUUUCCUUUUGCAUUUUCUUUUUUUACUUGGAUCAUUUUUUUAUUUUAAGCUUUUUAAUUUGAGAGUUUGAUAUAAAAAAUAUAUUCAUAACGCUUGUAUUGAAUGAAAUAAAAAAAGGCUAUAAAUUGAUUUAUGUCUAGUUUGAGGGUUAAUAGUUUGUAUAAUUUUAGUUUUCAGUAGGCGUGAGGUAUUUCAUACAAACCUUCUGCUGAAUUUUGUACAAAUACAGACAAAUGUUUAAAUCACUAACUUUUUAUUAUAAACAGAAAUAAACAGAAACAGACAAAAGGUC